AUGAAACUGCACACAAUCCGUAUAGCAAACCCACUCCUCUAUGGAAUUGCGGUUGGAGAAGGUUUCAUAGCCAGGAAAAUUCCUAUUAAUCCGGCUUGCUUCAGAUGUGGGGAAAGUUUGGAAACAAUUGGUCACACGCUCCUUACAUGUCCCUUUGCUAGAGCCGUUUGGUUUGGCUCAUCCUUAUCUCAGUUAACCUCUAUGCCUACUUCCAAUAAGAUAAGCGAUUGGUUGCAGUGCUGGAAUCCUAUUUUCAGCAGUGAUAAAAAGCUGGCUCAAGCUCGAUUCUCCCUGGCCUCUUUCCUACUUUGGUUCAUUUGGAAGGCUCAUAACGAUUUGAUUUUCAACAAUAAGCAAUGGUCACCACAGCAAGUUAUUUCCAUGGCUGAGAAAGCUCAUCAAGAAUUCUCUUCGGUGGUUUGCAAACCUCCCUCAGUCUCUGUUGAAGUUGAAGAGCGAAAUUUUCCUUCCUCCCUUUCUUGGACUCCCCCUAAUGAGCCUUUCCUUAAAAUCAAUUGUGAUGCAGCAUGGGUUAAAAAUUCUGGUAAAGGAGGUUUAGGGAUCAUCAUCAGGGAUAAUCGGGGAUUCUUAUACAUGCUUUUUCUUCAGGUACCUCCGUGA